AGACAGACACAGAAACGGGCAUGGAGACAGACACAGAAACGGGCAUGGAGACAGACACAGAAACGGGCAUGGAGACAGACACAGAAACGGGCAUGGAGACAGACACAGAAACGGGCAUGGAGACAGACACAGAAACGGGCAUGGAGACAGACACAGAAACGGGCAUGGAAACAGGUGCGGAGGCAGGCACAGAGACAGGGGCAGAACAUGAUGACGGAGUCUGUGUGGACGAAGUGGUUUGUGGAUUAGGAAGAGGGGUAACGGAUGGAGACAAAACCAGGGGAGGUAGGAAUGGUGUAGACAGGGGUGGUAGAGUAGUCGGAAGGUGGGUAACAGACGACGAUAAAACCAGGGGAAAUAAAAGUGGUGAAGACGGGGGGGAUGAAGUCAGGGGUGGUGAAGUGGCUGAAGCAGAGACAGGGGGGGCAGUCGUAGGUGAGACCCGAAGAGGGGACUCUGCAGGUGAUAAUGCAGGCAUGGCCACGGAUGCCAUGGAGGAACGCACCGAGACCAAGGGCGACACAACAGAUGCGGUGGUCACGGAUGCCAUGGAGGAACACACCGAGACCAAGGGCRACACAACGGCUGCGGUGGCCACGGAUGCCAUGGAGGAACACACCGAGACCAAAGGCGACACAGCAGCUGCGGGUCGAGUUGCUCCCGCGGAAUCAAUCGUAGAAGCAACCAAGGCCGAUGAGGAAGAGGCUGCGAACCGAAAAGGGGCAGCCAGGCUCACAAACGACAUGGAAGGGGUUACUAAAACUAAUGAGGACGCAGGUAAUGAAGAAAAGGCUGUGAUAGAUGUGACAGGCGCCGAUAAUGAAGAAGGGGUUGUGACAGGCGUAGUCCGAGGACAGUGUGUACAUACCCGAGAAAGCGGGUGAUGAAUAGACCAUCGAAGCAUGCUGCGGAACCAGCUGGAGAGGCGGGUCACAUGCGCAGGGKACCUGUGUUGACGUUUACGAAUAU